GGAUGCAGCCACACACYCCUGCACAGACGACAUCCCAGCAUCCCGGCCAGAACAGGGCCGCUGUGAUCUGACGGGGCAAAGCUGUCUUGGCUGAGGAGGGACGGGUCUAACGCGAAGAAGAAGAGUAAAAAGGUGAAGAAGGAGGACUCAUCAGGUCCGCAGGUGCCGACUGAAGGCUCUCAGGGUUCAUGUGCGAUGCGUUUAACUGACAAGCAGGAAUCAUCAGAAGAAGAGAUGAGUUUUGGAGCAGCCUGUAUAUUCUUACGAGGAGGAAAAAACAUAUCACGACAGCUGGCUGAAGAUGAGAUCGAUGAGCUGCGUGAUGCAUUCAAUGAGUUUGACAAAGACAAAGACGGGUUGAUCAGCUGCAAGGACCUGGGGAACCUGAUGAGGACGAUGGGUUACAUGCCCACAGAGAUGGAGCUGAUCGAGCUCGGCCAAAACAUCAACAUGAACCUUGGAGGCAGGGUGGACUUUGAGGACUUUGUAGAACUGAUGGCGCCAAAGCUUCUGGCAGAGACGGCUGGGAUGAUCGGCGUGAAGGAGCUCAAAGAUGCCUUUAAAGAGUUUGACAUGGAUGGGGAUGGAGAGAUCACGACGGAGGAGCUGCGUUUAGCCAUGAACAAGCUGAUGGGGGAACACAUGAAUCGCAGAGAGAUCGACGCCAUAGUCAAAGAAGCAGAUGACAACGGAGACGGCACUGUAGACUUUGAAGAGUUCGUCAGAAUGAUGUCCCGUAAAUAAUCACCGAGGAGAACGUCUGUUUGCACCUUUACAAAGCUUUAGCACUGAUGUUGUCUUUUUCUGGUCUGAUUAAAAGGCUGUAUCAUUCAGGACAAACAUGAAAAUACUGAAAGUACCUCAAGGAUGAUUCAAACUAUGCAAAGAUUGAGAUUAAAGUGAUGAGUUUUAUAAAUGAGAAAAAAAAAGAAUUGACAAAUAUUUUGUUUCAUAUUAUAUUUACUGUAUGUACAGUGACUCAUUUCAGAUUGGAUUGCUCAUCUUGAUUUUUUUUCCUCUUUGAAAAUAAACAUGUUGCUCACAGAAGCCUAUUGUGA